UCCAAGAUGGCGCCCCCAGGAGCUGGGAGCGGGUGACCGGCGGCGGGGAAGCGGCCUGGGCUGGCCCUCAGAUUGCGGGGUCCCGGGGGCUUGUCGCGGGGCGCCCCCGUGACCCACCGACCAGGCCUUCCCCCGGGCCGGAGCGAUGGCCGCGGAGAACAGCAAGCAGUUCUGGAAGAGGAGCGCCAAGCUACCGGGGAGCAUUCAGCCGGUGUAUGGAGCUCAGCACCCUCCUCUGGAUCCUCGGCUCACGAAAAACUUCAUCAAAGAACGGUCGAAAGUCAACUCAGUUCCUCUGAAGAACAAGAAGGCCUCCAGUUUCCAUGAGUUUGCCCGGAACACCAGCGACGCUUGGGACAUCGGCGAUGAUGAGGAAGAGGACUUUUCCUCCCCCCCUUUCCAAACUCUGAACUCAAAAGUGGCUUUGGCAACUGCAGCCCAAGUCCUGGAAAACCACAGCAAGCUGAGGGUAAAGCCGGAACGGUCGCAGUCGACAACAUCAGACGUCCCUGCCAACUACAAGGUCAUAAAGUCCAGCAGUGACGCCCAGCUGUCCCGAAACUCCAGUGACACGUGCCUGAGAAACCCACUCCACAAACAGCAGUCUCUCCCUCUGCGGCCCAUCAUCCCCCUUGUCGCCAGGAUCUCAGACCAGAAUGCUUCUGGGGCUCCUCCAAUGACAGUCCGGGAGAAAACCCGCCUGGAAAAGUUCCGCCAGCUGCUUUCCAGCCACAACACGGACUUAGAUGAGCUGAGGAAGUGGAGCUGGCCAGGUGUUCCCAGGGAAGUUCGACCAGUGACCUGGAGACUACUCUCGGGCUAUCUCCCAGCAAACACCGAGCGGCGGAAGCUGACCCUGCAGCGGAAGCGGGAGGAGUACUUUGGCUUCAUUGAACAGUAUUAUGACUCUCGGAAUGAGGAGCACCACCAGGACACCUACAGACAGAUUCACAUUGACAUUCCAAGGACCAACCCUCUCAUUCCCUUGUUCCAGCAGCCGCUCGUCCAGGAGAUCUUUGAACGAAUUCUCUUUAUCUGGGCCAUCCGACACCCCGCCAGUGGGUAUGUCCAGGGAAUCAAUGACCUGGUCACUCCGUUCUUUGUCGUCUUCCUCUCGGAAUAUGUGGAGGAGGACGUGGAGAACUUUGACGUGACCAACUUGUCUCAGGACGUGCUGCGAAGCAUCGAGGCCGACAGCUUCUGGUGCAUGAGCAAACUGCUGGACGGGAUCCAGGAUAAUUACACAUUUGCACAACCAGGGAUCCAGAAGAAAGUCAAGGCGUUGGAAGAGCUCGUCAGCCGGAUCGAUGAGCAGGUACACAGUCACUUCAGGAGGUACGAGGUGGAAUACUUGCAGUUUGCCUUCAGGUGGAUGAACAACCUGCUGAUGAGAGAGCUGCCCCUGCGCUGCACCAUCCGCCUGUGGGACACAUACCAGUCUGAGCCAGAAGGUUUCUCACACUUUCAUCUCUAUGUGUGUGCCGCCUUCUUGAUCAAGUGGAGGAAGGAGAUUUUGGAUGAGGAAGACUUUCAGGGCCUCCUCAUGCUGCUGCAGAACCUACCCACAAUCCACUGGGGCAACGAAGAGAUCGGGCUGCUGCUGGCUGAGGCCUACAGACUCAAGUACAUGUUCGCAGACGCCCCCAACCACUACCGCCGAUAGGUGCUGUCUCCCCUGGGGACCCAGACUGCCCCCAUCUCUGAUGGUAAUUUCAUCACUGUGGCCACUGUUCAAGCUGUGGACCCCCGACCAGGAACCACUCCUGCUGUACAAAGCUUGCCCCUGCCGCAGCCACCACCGCCGCCACCCAGGUCUUAACUUCCCAGCAUCAUCACUUUGUCUCUGGAUGUGUGUCUGGGAUAACUGUCAGUAUUCUGUGCCGUGUGGACGGCCCGGCUCAGGGAGAAGGCAGAGAGGAGGUGAGAGUUGUCUUUCUCUGGAAGACUCUGGACUAAGGAAGAGGGAGCCCUGGGUCUGCCCCACAGUGUCUGUAUGCACCAGCCAGCUUCCGCCCAGGAAUCGGCUGGCGAUGUUUUCUUUUACUUUCUUUUUUUAACAAGGAAAACACACAUUUUCUAAUAUGCCCCAGGCAUAGGACAUUAGGCUCUAUGCUGUUGUUUCUGUGACUCAGUUUGAUCUGGCCACUGGUCAGAGACACUUUGUUUUCAGAAUACUCCCCGUCCCCCUUCCUUCCCCUCUUUUCCCUCCUCCUCCUGUCCCAGCUGAGCCAGUGACACAGUGAGUGAGCCCUUCCUUCUCAGGCGGAGGAGACACCAUGUUCAUCACCCUGAGGAGAGGCCUUCGCACUCAGGGCUGGGAAGUAUGUUUGUCAUUUGUCCUUUCCUCAUGGAUUAUCUGUUCCCCAUAGGUGGGGGUGUGUGUGUGAGUUUGUAUGUAUGUGAGUGUGUGUGUGUACGCACGCAUGCACAUGACUGUGUGAGUGUGCGUGCGUGUGUGUGUCUGUGUGUGUGUACAAGCCCAUCAGCAUUUUGUCACAUGUCUGAAUUUAUGUCCAGACUAACCCAUCAGAACCGGUUGGGAAGGACCCCAGGGACCAAGCAUCCCGAUGGUCUCUCGAGAGGGACCAGGGCAGGGGAGGGAGAAAGAGGGUCAUUUAGUUCUGUUUUUACCACUUCUUGGAACCCUUUUUCCAGGGCGAAGCACUCCAAGAUAUUAUGUAUAAACUGUGUUAUUAUGUAUAUGGGUAAAGGUGUACAGAUCUAUGUCCUCUUUGUAGCAGAUAUGAUUUUAUAUUUAUAGCGUGCAUUGACAUGUGAAGGCGAGUUAGGUCAUCAGCACAGACAGAUGAAGUUGUUUAAGGCCUGGGGCCUGGGGGAGGUAGCUGGAGGGUGUGGCCAGCAGCUGGUCAACAAUCAGUGUCUCUGCUUUCCCUCCCUCUCCUUUCUUCCCAUCCCUCCACGGCCUCUGUGGAAGGUGUGCUCUGUCCUUCCCCUCUCCUCACCCCAGGAAGGACUGUGGAGGCAGAAGACCUCCCUCAGGUCACUCGGCCCCAGCCUUUGUCUUCUCAGUGUAAGUCAGCACUGUGUCCAGGACAGAGCUGGCUGACAAGUCAGCUGACAAGAGAAGGGGGGGGGUGUUUCCCCAAGACUGGGAGCUCUUCCUGGAAAGUGGCAUUAAGUGUCCCCUACUACCACCAUCACACCCCGCAGCUAAGGAGAGACGCACCCAGCUAGAGUUUUGGUGUUUGGUCGUGGAGAAGGGACGAUGGAGGCCAGUAGCCAUCACCCCUUGGGGUGUCAGGCAGUGUUCCCAGGGGUGACACCCUGAAGCUCACUUCCUGUGUCACUCCCCUCAGGCCACACCUCAGCCCUGUGAGUUAGCUCCUUCAGCCAGGCUGUUUCUCAGGCUCCUUCCCAUCCCCCCCUCCUGUGCCACAGCAGCCUCCUUCACAGAGGCGAGGACCCUCCCUCUAACAGACUGAGUAAAGACAGAGACUUGUGCUCCUGAGCGGUGGUUUUAUUUUUUUAGUUUUAUGUUCGUAUGGGAAAUUGUGGAUAAAGUGAAUGGACUGUAAAUAAAUGGUGUUUCCUUCUUUCCUCCUCCA